UGAAAAAAAUCCCCUGCUGGGGAAGGGGUGGCACUGGGGUUUUUGGGUAUAAAAGUGAGCUGAGAGCUCAUUUACAGACAUUUUCCAGAGGAGAAGAGCUGGAGUUGCUCCACAACCUCUCUCAGGCAGCAGGAUGGAGAAGCCCAGGAGGAUGGUGGCCAGUGUCCUGCUGUGUGUGCUGGCCACGGGGCUGUGCCUGGCCCAGCACUGGUCCUAUGGCCUCCAGCCAGGGGGCAAGAGGAGUGCCCAGGUCCUGCUGGGACCCUUCCAGGAGGUUGCAAAUGAAAUGGAAAAAUUAGAGGAGGUGCAGCAGAGUGAGUGCCCAGGCUCCUUCCAGAAUUCCAGGAUCAGGGAUCUGAAGGAAGCCAUGGAGAGGCUGGUGGAGGGAGAAGGCAGAAGAAAGGUUUAA